AUGAUUAUUGAAGUAAUUUUCACUAGUGAUCGACGUACGACAAGUCGAUGGGAACAAGGAACAAAAGUAGAUCGAGAAAUAUUUACGUUUAUUAAUUUUACAAAUAUUGCAUCUAGUAUAGCCAUUGUAACAUUUCGCAAUGGUAAAUAUUCAAAUUGUGCUGCUCUUUAUAUUAAUCAAGAUAGUAAUGGUAUUCGAGUUGGAGAUCAAACAACAUCUCUGCCUUUUAAUAAUCUCUCAACAUAUUUCAUUUUCAUUCCAAUGGCUACAACAACAACUCAAAUGAAACGUCCUGCACUUGGUGGUGGUGCCAAAAAACGACCAACAGGUUCUCGACCUGAAUUAACUGAAGAACAAAAAACAGAAAUUCGUGAAGCUUUUGAUCUAUUUGAUGCUGAUGGUUCAGGAACAAUUGAUGUUAAAGAACUUAAAGUUGCAAUGCGAGCAUUAGGUUUUGAACCAAAAAAAGAAGAAAUAAAAAAAAUGAUAUCUGAUAUACAAAAAGAAAAUGCAGGUACAAUUGAUUUUAAUGAUUUUCUUCAAUUAAUGUCACAAAAAAUGGCUGAAAAAGAUUCAAAAGAAGAAAUACUCAAAGCUUUUCGACUUUUUGAUGAUGAUAAUACAGGAAAAAUUUCAUUUAAAAAUUUAAAACGUGUUGCAAAAGAAUUAGGUGAAAAUUUAACUGAUGAAGAAUUACAAGAAAUGAUUGAUGAAGCAGAUCGUGAUGGUGAUAGUGAAAUAAAUGAACAAGAAUUUUUACGAAUUAUGAAAAAAACAUCAUUAUAUUAA